GUGUGUCCACACCUCCGGUCGCCGGCAAAAGGCAACUAAUUUAAAGAAGAAGCAGCGACUCCAGAAAGAAGAAACGGAGUUACGUGCUAAAAAAAUCAUGUCCAGCGACGACAGUAGUAGUGACAGCAGCUCCUCAGGCGACGAAAGACAUCGGAAACGGAAGUACAAGAAGCACAGCAAAGAUGUGGACAAGUCUAAAAAGAAGAAGUCCAAGAAACAUAAAAAGGAGAAGCGACGCCACAAGGAAAAAAAGCGCAGCAGGCAUGGGGAGGAGCAGCAAGUGACAUAUACAAAACCUACUGUAUUGGUGAAUGUUUCACCACCAGAGAUAGAGUCAAAUAGUCAAGAUGCCUUCGGUCCUGCCCUGCCGCCGCAUUUGAGGAAGUCCAGUCAAUCGGAAAUCCCAGCGGAGAAGCAACUGGAAUCCAAACCACAGGCCAUGAUAGGACCAAUCCUACCCAGCAAUGUUGCCCAGGAAAAGGCUCCUAUGGCAAAUGGCGAAGCUGAUGAUAACGAUGAUGAUGAUGAUCUAGCUGGCACCUUUGGCCCGCUACCAAACGCAAGCCAAGUCGCACUGGAGGAACGUGCUCUAGCCCUGAAACUGGCGGCUCUGGAGGGAGGAGGAUUGGGUACAUCAACAGACCAGGACGUACGUGAAGAGUGGAUGCUUGAGCUGCCAGAUGUUGGCCUAAAAAGCGGUCUUGCCGCCCUGAGCAACAUGAAGCGCACUUUUUACCAGGGAAAAGAGCGACCAGAUUUCAGUGAUCGAUCCUCCUGGACGAAGACACCUCAGAGUGAAGCGGCUGCUGCUGCGUCGGGCCCUAAAUCCUUCAGCUCCAAGGAACUAGAGCAGAUGGCCCAGGUCAAGUACGAACAGCAGCGCGAUGACGAACAGGAAGGUAUGGCCAAAAAGCACAAAAAGAAGCACAAGCGGGAUGAGUCCCUUGUCGAGUUGCAUCAAAAAAAGUUAAGAAAGGAACAAAGAGAAAAGGAAAAGGAACUGGCUGCCUCGGGUUCAAAGCCAGAACGCAGACCCUUUAGCAGGGAUGUGGAUUUAAAACUCAACAAAAUCGACAAGAAUCAAACUAAACAGAUCGUUGACAAGGCCAAGAUACUUAACACCAAGUUCUCCAGAGGUCAAGCCAAGUAUCUGUAAAGCGUCAUUCUAAUUAAAAAAUGUUCGAGAGAUGUACAAGAUUUUUAUUUAGAAAUGUAAUAUAGAAAAUACAAAAUAAAUGAUUUUUAACUUUGUUAAGAGAAAAUCAAUCAACUCAAAGCAGGCAAAAUUCCUGCAA